AUGUCGGUCGUCCCUCUGGAGAGGAGCCGGAAAGGCGUCCCGGCCUUCUUCAAACCGCAGGAUAGCCCCGUGGCCAUGAGUGAGUUGGAACUAGGUGCCUGGCUGCAUCUGGGACCUGACUUCGGGGAGAGGACUCGAUCGCUUAGGAACCGUUUUGGGAAGAUUUCUCUGCGGCUAAUAGCAGCUGAUGGCCGUCGGGUCUCGGGCAUCUGCAUUUGCUCCCUGUGGAGUAUUAAUUCAGAAAAUCCCAUGAACGAAUUUGAGGAGAAGAUGCGGUCAGAGUCAGUGUCAGGGAUGACGGUGACGGAAACUGGGGAGGCGCAGUCCCGCCUGCGGGGAGGGACGGAGCCAGACCCGCCGUCACGCCCCACGGACGCCAUUGUAGCCGUGGCUCAGCGGAACACUUCGCGGAAGUCGCUUUACCUGUUUGCUUACUGGGGACAUUAUCAUAAUCCCGGUCCGUCAGAAAUAGGUAGUAAAGACGGCUUGGCGGAUGAGGGAGCGCGGGCGGGUAAAGAAGCCGUCGGGGUGUCGGUCAGAGUGUGGCUGCGAAGCGUCAGGUCCCAGGGCGUGGGAAAACUCGCGGCGGGCAAGACGGUGCCUCUGGAAACGCCGCGCUCUCCGUUGUGGCCGACGGACGGCGGCUUUUCUGCUGGCAGCUGCUCUGACACGUGGCUAAGAGGUGCAGGAGGGCCGGCUUUUUGGAAGGAGGGCGGUUUGUCCGGCGCCUCCCCGCCGGGCUUCGGCGGAGAGAGGCGCGAGGCUAAGCGAGUAGAGCCCGAGGGACCUGGUGCCAAAUUAGCUAUGGAGCGGCAGCACGCAAAGAGAGAGCUCGAGGGAUGGGGAGAAGGAGCCUUUGCCUCCUCGCUCUUGGCCUGGCUUGGUUACGAGAAGGACUCUCCGAGUUGCCUCCGCUCAUCUGUUUUGAGCGGUUUUGAGGGCGGCGCCGGACACUCAGGUGACGGCGGGAGCUCCUCGUCCCCGUCGCUUCGAAUCCUAAUCCUUACACUUCCCCCGUGUACGGUGGAUGACCGGGUCACGCGAGUGGCGUGGUUGAACCGCAGCACCAUCCUGUAUGCUGGCAAUGACAAGUGGUCUAUAGACAACCGGGUGGUCAUCCUCUCCAACACCAAGACCCAGUACAGCAUCAAGAUACACAACGUGGACAUCUACGAUGAGGGCCCGUACACCUGCUCGGUGCAGACGGACAAUCACCCCAAGACUUCGCGCGUCCAUCUCAUCGUGCAAGUUCCCCCGCAGAUUGUCAACAUCUCAUCGGACAUCACCGUGAACGAGGGCAGCAGCGUGACCCUCAUGUGCCUGGCCUUCGGGAGACCGGAGCCCACCGUCACAUGGCGGCAUCUCUCCGGCAAAGGGCCGGGCUUUGCGAGCGAGGACGAGUACCUGGAGAUCACGGGCAUCACGCGGGAGCAGUCCGGGGAGUACGAGUGCAGCGCCGUCAACGACGUGGCCGUCCCGGACGUGCGGAAAGUGAAAGUCACUGUCAACUGUGAGC